AUGUUUUAGUCUUGUUUGUACAUGAGAAUGUGGGGGAAAAGACAUGAAAGUCCACUGGUGGAGUUUCCUGAGAGCGGAGAAGUGAAGCAGCGUGGAUAGGAAAUGACUCAUAGGACUGGAGCUGUGCGUGCGUGCGUGUGCGUGUGCGUGUAGUCAGUCAGCGUGGGUGUGUGCUCUCUUGUGUUAAAAACAAGCAGCACUGUGGUCCCGGUGGCUCACUCCUCUGAUGCUCACUUUUCCAUGCUUUUGUCGUUUCUCAAUUUUCUUUUUAAAUAUUCCUUUUAAUUAUUUAAAAACUAUUUUGGGAGGGAUUUGUUGUGCAGCGAAGACACGUGAUGGACGCUCACGCGCUCUGCGCCGUUUGUGGACUUUUCGUGGCGUUUGUCGUCCACGGUAUUAACGCACAAAAAAUGGAGAAAAACCGGGAUGAGUUAACAUGCAAACCCUGCACACAGUUUCACAUCAUUUCCUGAAGCAAACAUAAAGCAGAGUCUAGCAGUGUGAGGCCAUCUCCAACAUCUGGAUAUCAGCUGCUGGUCCACCCGCCCCCAUCUGUUUUAUGACAAAAUGCAACAUCCCCACACCCAAAAAACACUCGGGCUAAAUGAGACUCCCCAACGUCAGGAAUGCGAAAACUGGCUCCAUGUUUCUGCUUGACGUGCAGAGCGGGUCAGUGCGGCAGUUUAGAAUUCUGGAACUCUGACCUGGAUUCUUGCAUGCAGUGUGCGUCGUGUAAGCAGUACCCUAAGACGCCGUCAUGCAACACAUGUAAAUCAGUGGAGGAGACGUCGGACGUGUGGAAGCUAGCGGCCAUCACCAGCUUCUCGGUGUUGGCCGUGGUCCUGGUGGGCGCGGCCCUCAUGAUCGGGGUCAUGGUGCAUCGACGCAAGUCACGCAAACUUCCUCUACGUGAGCCAAUAGAGGAAACAGCGGGCCCACUUUAUCAAGCUUAAACAUUUCACCUCUGGAAACAUGCGUGACUCAAGCAAGAAGCGACUGAGGCUGAGAGGUCGACCCUCUGGACCGUGACCUGGCUUCUCUUGACAAGUAUUUAAGUGUUGAGCAGGAGCAAGCUCUCGCACAAUUUACAACUUUAAUCAAACUCUCAUGAUGCUCUUGGGACUGACGGACUGUUGGAGCGCCGAGGUGCCUCCCUGCCGGGCUGCUAGAUGGCGCUCAGCCUUCUUAAAGAAGUCGCUUCUUCACAGAUGAAUGUAGCUAACAGGCAAGGACUCUGCUCACCGUUUGCCACAAGAAUGCGUUUGAAUGUAGCGCGUGUUCAGGACAAGUCAUUGGUGCACUGUGUCCUCAUGUCCUGACACCCUUCUUCUUCUGUCUUUGUUCAUCUUUAUAACACUAACAACUUUGUACUUUAUAAUCACCUCGCCAUGACUGUAGGGCCACUCUGACAAAGGGGAACCUAUAGAAAAUAGUGCAGAUUUGACCAAAAAUAACUACAGUAUUUCAUAAAUUAAAACAUCAUUCAAAUGUUGCCACCGCCAAAGAAAAUUGCUAUAUAUGUGUGUGUAUAUAUAUAUAUAUAUAUAUAUAUAGAAUAAAACUAAUUUUUCAAGACAAAAGUUGGAAUAAUAGCAGGAAAAAAGCAGUAAUAAAAUUGUGCUUUUAUAAAUAUAUACAAGGCCAUUUUUAUUUUUCAGGGUCAUAAAAAUACUGUUUUAGUUUUAUGAGAAAACAUUUAAAAUACAGGACAAAAUAAUGUAGUUUGCAAGAGUAGUUAUGCAAUAUUUGAAAAAUAUUUUUUCCUCAAAACUAACUAACUAAAAAGAGACUACCAGAAUAGAAAUAAGUUUAAAAACAUAUAUAUAUAUAUAUAUAUAUAUAUAUAUAUAUAUAUAUAUACAGUAUAUUUUUGUAGUUUUACAGAAAAAAAUUGCUGUAUUGCAAGUAUUAAGUUGAGAUUUUUUAUAUUACAAUGAAGAACAGUAAUACAAUUGAUUUUUUUUUUUUAAAGAAAUAUUGAAAGUAUUACAACUUGCAAAAUUGUACUACAAAGGGAAAGUUUUUCUAAAGAAAAAAAUAUAUAAUAAGAACACUUUGUUACCAUUGGUGGUUUAACAGAAUACAUUGUUCAAUAUUUGCGUAUAUUUUUUUUAUAUUGACAAAUCAGAUUGAAAACCACUUGCUUAUAGGUUUGAGAAAUGUGUUUGGUGUUGAGGCGUGUCCCUCAUCGCUGUCUUGCCACACGUACAACAUUUCUAAAAGAAGGGGGAAAAGUUGCAAUAUUUCAAGAAUAACAAUAUAAGGCUUUCCAAAAACAAUCUUCAGUAAAUAAAGUCAAGAUUUGGGACAUCACAAUAAAAAUAUGUUAUCGAUAUAAAAAACUGUAAAACCUUAACGACACAAAUUGACACAAAUAAAGUAAAUAUGAGGACAAAACAUUUUAAUAAUGCCAAAAUAAUAUUAAGGAUAGUCAAGUGAGUGAACUGAAAUGAAGAAUUAAGAAUGUGGCCGCUGUACCUAAGGGAGAAGUUGGGGACUGCUACAUUUUGUCUCCUUUUGUUUUUGUCAGUAAGGGCCUGAUGCUCUUUUGUUGUCUCUUCUACGGUCUGCACAAAAGGUUCUGGAAUUGACACUACAUUGUUAUGAAUAUUCUCAUGUGCAUUGUCAGCACAUUUCAAUGAAGGGACGGACUUCCAGCGAAGAUUCCAUUUUGUUACAGCCCAGCUCGCUGUGAUUUUGUACUAACGCCUUCUUCCUAACACUCUCUGUGUUGCCAUUUCUAAAUGUAUAUAAAGUACUGUACAUGCACUGGCUUGUUUGACCUACUAUUGCUUUUAGUACCAAAUGUAUUUUCACAAUAAAAGUGUCAACCAUG